CCAGAUGGCGGAUCCUGGAUUGGCAGCCUGCGUCUCUCUAGCUACCGUCUCUAUGGUUCGGGGAAUCUCCAGGUCGGGGCUUGACCGGUCCGACUUUUGCGCGUGCGCGAGUCCUGGCGCGUGCCCGCCCUCAAGCAACUGUCCGACCCCGCGGGUGGGAGGGGUGGGUCUGGGAACGUUGCGGCGGUUGUCGCCGCGGCCCCAGCACCCAGAGCUGUUCUCUGGCCAAGCCUGCGCCUGUAGUCCUUCUCUGCCUCCUGGGGCGGCCGCCACCCGCCCCCAGAUGGUGGGUCCGGAGGAUGCCGGAGCCUGCUCGGGAAGAAACCCCAAGUUGCUCCCAGUGCCUGCGCCGGACCCCGUGGGCCAGGACAGGAAAGUAAUCUGGGCCACGGGCGGCUUUGGCGGAGGCGUCGGCGCUGUGGAGCCGCCGGAGGAGGCUGACGAGGAGGAGGAGACGCCGCCUCGGCAGCUCCUUCAGUGUUACCUCGCGGCGGCCGGGGAGCAGCUGGAGCCGGGGCUCUGCUACUGUCCGCUCCCCGCUGGCCAGGCCGGCGCCCCGCCGCCCUCGGCAGCCCCACGAUCGGACGCCUGCCUGCUGGGCUCGGGCUCCAAACACCGCGGCGCGGAGGUGGCUGAUGGCCGCGCGCUGCGGCACGGAGGCAUGACCAACGGCGACUCGGGUUUUCUGCUGGGCCAGGACUGUCGCGAUCUGGAAGAGGUUCGCGGUCUGGCGCGCGCCGGCGGUCGGGAGUCACGCCGCCGCCGCCCCUGCGGCCGCCUCCGCCUGGAGGGGCCUGGUGACGAGGACACGGACGGCGCGGGAAGCCCGUCCGACUGGGCCUCGCCGCUUGAGGACCCGUUGCGGAGCUGCUGCCUGGUGGCCGCGGAAGCCGAGGAGCCCGAGGACGCGGGCAGCGACUCGGGGGACAGCCCGGCCAGCAGCUGCAGCAGUAGCGAGGACUCAGAGCAGCGGGGUGUCGGCGACGGGGGUCCCCAGGAGGGCGCGCCCCCUGCCACCUCUGCCGAGAGGACUAGUGGGGGUGCGGAGCCGCGCCUGGGCUUUUCUGACAUUCACUUCAACUCUCGGAACACGUUCGAGGUGAGCCGCGGUCAGAGCGUCCGCGAUCACCUGCCCCCGGCGGGGCCGCCGGUGCCCUUGCCCGCCGCGGAGCAGGGUCCUGCAGGGACUUCGGCCCGGGCUCGACGGAGCGGCGGCUUCGCGGACUUCUUCGCCAGAAACCUUUUUCCAAAAAGGACAAAGGAACUCAAAUCAGUUGUCCAUAGUGCUCCUGGUUGGAAAUUAUUUGGUAAAGUCCCUCCUAGAGAGAAUCUUCAGAAAACAUCCAAAAUCAUUCAGCAGGAAUAUGAAGCACGAACAGGGAGGACCUGUAAACCACCACCUCAGUCUUCAAGACGCAAGAAUUUUGAAUUUGAGCCACUUUCAACCACUGCCUUGAUUCUUGAAGAUCGACCAUCAAAUCUUCCUGCCAAAUCUGUGGAAGAAGCUUUACGUCACCGACAAGAAUACGAUGAGAUGGUGGCUGAGGCUAAAAAACGAGAAAUUAAGGAAGCACAUAAAAGAAAAAGAAUAAUGAAAGAACGAUUUAAGCAGGAAGAAAAUAUUGCAAGUGCAAUGGUAAUUUGGAUCAAUGAAAUACUGCCCAAUUGGGAAGUAAUGCGUAGUACAAGAAGAGUUCGAGAAUUGUGGUGGCAGGGAUUGCCCCCUAGUGUCCGUGGGAAAGUUUGGAGUCUAGCUGUAGGAAAUGAACUAAAUAUCACUCCUGAACUUUAUGAAAUCUUCCUCUCAAGAGCAAAAGAACGGUGGAAAAGUUUCAGUGAAACAAGUUCAGAGAACGAUACAGAAGGUGUAUCUGUUGCUGAUCGAGAGGCCAGUCUGGAAUUAAUUAAGUUGGACAUAUCCCGUACAUUUCCAUCUCUCUACAUCUUUCAGAAGGGUGGCCCAUAUCAUGAUGUCUUACAUAGUAUUUUAGGGGCAUACACAUGCUACAGACCUGAUGUUGGUUAUGUGAAAGAAGCAUUACUCGAACACAAGCUCUACAAUACCACAACAGUUGAUCUUAUAACCGAGAUGGCUACUAGGCAGGUCCAAGGGAUGUCCUUCAUUGCAGCAGUACUCAUUCUCAAUUUGGAAGAGGCAGAUGCCUUUAUUGCAUUUGCCAAUCUCCUGAAUAAGCCAUGCCAGUUGGCCUUUUUUCGUGUGGAUCACAGCAUGAUGUUGAAAUAUUUUGCAACAUUUGAAGUAUUUUUUGAAGAAAAUCUCUCCAAAUUAUUUCUUCACUUCAAAUCUUACAGUCUUACACCAGAUAUAUACUUGAUAGACUGGAUCUUCACACUAUAUAGCAAAUCACUACCACUUGAUCUGGCCUGUCGAGUCUGGGAUGUAUUUUGCAGAGAUGGGGAAGAAUUUUUAUUUAGGACUGGAUUAGGAAUCCUCCGAUUAUAUGAAGAUAUUCUCCUGCAGAUGGACUUUAUUCAUAUAGCACAGUUUCUAACUAAAUUGCCAGAAGAUAUCACAUCGGAAAAGCUGUUCAGUUGUAUUGCAGCCAUUCAGAUGCAGAAUAGCACCAAAAAAUGGACUCAGGUCUUUGCAUCUGUAAUGAAGGAUAUUAAAGAAGGAGACAAGAACAGUAGUCCUGCUUUGAAAAGCUAGUCUUCAAAAUUGACAGACUAAUUGACAUAGAAAAUGUGGUUUUUGGAUAAAGGCUUUUUGUUUCCUAUGUAAAAGGCAUGGAAGAAAAUGUUGGAGAUACCUAAAAGAAUCAAGAGGUGGAAAACUGCUGAUUUUACAUUUUAUGGCUGAAGUAAAUGAAAUAAGUAACUUAUUGACAGUAUUAAUAAACUAUUAUUUUGUAGGUAGAGUCAUUUUUCAAAGGAAAAAGUUUAAAUGGUGAGUUUAUACUCCACAAUUUGAAGUAAACAGUUUAAUGCAAUAAAUUUUUUAAAUAGCUUUGAAGAUACUUCAAAUUUUUACAUCUUUUCUUUUGUAACAGUUACCACAAAGAUACUCUGGAGGCUAGAGUAGGAUUGUUAAAUACUACUGUUAACCUCCAAAGUACUAUAGUACAGACAUUGUUUCUAGUUCUGACCUUUUGAAGAUAUUAUAGAACAGUAAUGAACAAAAUUGGUUGUAAAUGAUUUAAGUCACUGAAGAUGUCAUUUAUCUUCAUUCACAAGUUGGGGCAAAUUCGAGUUACCUAGGAACUGGAAAUGUUGGUGGGAGAUUGUUUAUUGUUUGUUUAGAUGUUUUUCCAUAGUAUCGUGUCCAUUUGUUUUUUAACAGAAAUUUGUUGUCUUUCUUAAGGAAUUCCUUAUCACUCAGAGAAUUUUAGCCAUUCUGGUUCUAGUCUAACAAAUUAUUCAUCUAAUAAUUUCACAUUAAGAAAACUAUAAAUAACUGGUAGAAGGAAAGUUCUUUGCACUUUAGUGGAUUGAAGACUUGACUUUGAGAGUAAGUCUAAAAACAUAUGUGAUGUUUCUCAGUGAUAAGAGUAAAAAGUAAUGAAUCCUGAGAGUUCUUAAAUAGCAUGCUACUUGGCAAGACUUCAUAUUUUUUAGUUACAAUUCUUCCACUGUCUAUAGAAACAAAAUUUGUUAACUCCAGUUUGAAAUUUGAAAUCUAAUAUGUAGCUAAAUCUGUGACUUGUAAAACUCUAUGCAUAAUUUUUCCUAAUCAGUGGAAAUAAGAAUAAAAGAAAAAGGUAAUUUUUUUUUCUAAGUCUACAUCCUAUCUCUUGAUUCAGUUGCCUGAAGAAGCUGUGUAAGGAGAUUAGUCUUGUUAUUGAUUCCUUUAUGUGUCAGUGCCAUCUUAAUCUCUUCACAUGGUACACUAAAUGCUGCCUAUAACCCAUCCUCAUCUUCUUUACUCAUCAUUGCUUUCUUCAAGGAAGGUCUUGAUACUGCCUCGUCUACCUCAUUAUACGCUAGUCUAGAUAGUGACUCUUUGGAAGAUUGGUAGCCUCUGAAUGAGUUAUCCAACUUCUGCUUCCUCACAUUGGCCACUUUGCAUAGGUUCGGGAACUUAGCAGGUUUUAAAUCCUCAUGCCCAUGGAGAUGAAAUACUUUGAGGAAUGGGAACAUCUCUUCACUGUGUUUUUGGAUCAGCCUUCUGUCAACCGCCAAGAAAUGGAUGAUUUCCUUGCCAACUCUAGGAAGUAGUGCUGCAUGAUUGAGUCAUUCUUUGAUGAAUUCUUUCAUUGUAACAUAGGGAGUCAUUUCCAAAAAGGUAGAUAUGAUCUUAAAUUAAAUUGACUUAUGAAUGCUUUGCCUGUGGGCCCAACAGUGUCAUGACCCUCCAAUUGAAACAUAGCAUGAAUUAUUUUUAUGUCGAGUUCUUGAACUGCUAAUCAGGUGUAUGUUUCCUUGAAGUCUAGAGCAGGAUCCAGGUCAGAUGAAGGAGGUGGUAUGCCUGGCUUAACUGCUGAAAAUAGAGCAUUGAAACUCUUCACAAUGUGCUGCGUUGGGUUUCUGCUUGGCUUUCUCACUGAAUAGUAAAUUGGGGAAAAUGCUUCUUUUACUAUUUUGCAUUUUAUAGCAACAUUAACAGUCUUUUCCCAGUCAGGUGCUGUCCAGGGAACAUGUUUCCCUUGGGAGGUCUGAACAGAGUGAUCUGGCUUGAUGUAUUUCUUUUUUUUUUUGAGACGGAGUCUCACUCUGUCACCCAGGCUGGAGUGCAGUGGCGCAAUCUCGGCUCACUGCAAGCUCCGCCUCCCAGGUUCACGCCAUUCUCCUGCCUCAGCCUCUCCGAGUAGCUGGGACUACAGGCGCCCGCCACCACGCCCGGCUAAUUUUUUUGUAUUUUUAGUAGAGACAGGGUUUCACUGUGGUCUCGAUCUCCUGACCUCGUGAUCCGCCCGCCUCGGCCUCCCAAAGUGCUGGGAUUACAAGCGUGAGCCACCGCGCCCGGCCUUGAUGUAUUUCUUGAGCUCUAGUACCAUAUCAUAGAAUUAGUUAAAUGUAGCCAACAGCAGUGUCAGAACAAUUGACAUUGUCCUUCUAAGAGUGAAUGCAUUGGCUUUCGGAACUGCUACUAGAUACAUAUAUGAGGCAGCAAACGCAUCUUUAGGUGGCCGCAAGGCUAUAUCUGAUUGACAGAGAUCUCUGAUCUCUAAUGACAUAUUGCUAUUGUCCUAUUAUGUUUAAAUUUGAACCUAAACUAAAUGACUUGAGUGUUAUGAGUGAUGGCUAUAUAACAUGCCAUUUGGUUAGAUUUACAGUUUGUUUUUAUGUUGCAGUUUAGUUUGAAACAACACUUAAGCACACUAUUUCUGUUAGUGGUAUAUAGUUUUCAAACUAACAAGCCUGCGAUCCUUGUUAGUGUAGUGACUGCCUCUUUAGGAGUAUGGGGCCCUAGGGUGCCCAUAUAUUUUUGCCCCAUGGGUCAUUCUAGUCUAGGGACUACUAGUAGAACCCUCAAAAGGUAAUUGCUAUUACAGGGACUUACUGGAAACUGGUAAUAUAAUAAAAUAUUGAAGGAGUGGCCAUGAUCUUAGCAGGUUUUAGAAUGACCUUUUAACUCCAGUAACUACUUCCUUGGUAUUGGUAUCCUUGAUAGAGGGAAUAUAACCUCUGGCAGUAAUCUCAUUCAGGUUAUACUACCUGACUAAAUUUAAUCAUACUUUCAUGUAUUUGUUUCCUCAGUUGGACCUAAGUUACUGUAUUUCUUUUUCUUAUUUUUUUAUUAUUGUACAGUUUCUUUACCUUUCUAGUAUAAAUGUGUAUAUAAAAUGUAAAUACAAGGAAUUCACUAAAAGCAACUCAUAACAAUUACUGUGUAAAUAAAACUGGUAAGCAGAGUAAUU